AUGGAAGCAGUGAAGAGCCUCGAUGAAAUGCCGAGCGACGUCGUCUCCAAGGUGCUCGCCUUCACCACCCCCGCCGACGCCGGCAGAUCAUCGGCCGUCUCCCGUCUCUUCCGAGCAGCUUCGUCGUCGGACGAGCUGUGGAAGCGGUUCCUGCCGUCCAAUAUCGAUGAGAUCCUACCACGGGCGGUGGCUCCCAUCGAGUUCUCCUCCAAGAAGGAGCUCUUUUCCCGCCUCUGCGAUCCCAUCCUCAUCGACGGCGGCAACAAGAGCUUUGCACUGGAGAGGUCAACUGGCAGGAACUGCUUGAUGGUAUCCUCUAGAGAUCUAUGGAUUACUUGGGGCGGUGACAACAGAUACUGGACCUUCACUUCCGAUUAUGAAUCGAGGUUUGCGGAGGUGGCUCAGCUCAUGCAAGUCUGUUGGUUAGAUCUUGGUGGCGAAAUCAGAAGUACCAUGCUAUCUCCUAAAACAUGUUAUGCUGCCUACUUCAUCUUUCAGCUGCAGGAAAAUUCGGGAGGAUUUCAAUCCCCGGUGCAAGAAGCAUCGAUUAGUAUUGGAGCUCAUGUAUCUGAAACCAGAGUAAUCCUGAAACCAGGGAGACGUAGGACUACCGAUCCAACCACACAAAUCCCCCGUGCCAGAGAUGACGGAUGGAUGGAGAUCGAAAUGGGAGAGUUCCUCAAUGAUGAUUACGAAGAAAGUGUCCGCUUCAGGUUCCGUCAGGUGACGGAGAUGAACUGGAAGUGGGGACUCAUCGUUCAAGGCAUCGAGUUUAGGCCUAAGAACUGA